AUGACCACAACCCUAGAUUUGUACCCCAUUAUUCCACCAAUGCCAAAAUCAAUUCUCUCCUCAAUCUCUGAUACCGUCACUCUUCUUCUAAAUACUCCAAUUGUUCCUCCGCUGUCCAAACCAACAAAGGACGUCGCACUCACCGAGUUACCUCAUUCGACUCCUCGACGACGUGCGGAAGCACUGGAGCUGGAAAGAUCUAGGAACGUAGAUUUGGCGGCUGGAGAUAUGGGUCCGCAGCAGAGGAUCUCAGACGAAAGCGGACGUACGAGUACUCAGAGUUACGGAAGUAGCGAUCGAUCUGUAAGAGAUGACCUGCCUACUGGGAUGGUGGAGCCAGUCGCACAUCAACUGUCCAGACGGUCAUCGUAUAUACAGGCGAGUGAAGAAUUAGAGCCUGACCUACGUCUAGCAAUGAAUGCUGAACGCGCAAUGAGCUGA